AUGGCGAUCCUAACUCCGGUCAUAAAACUCGUGGUGUUCAGGCAAAGUCUUCGACCACAUUCAGCUAUUGCAUUCCUAGUUGAGUUUCUUUGCUUUGUCUUAGAGCUACUCGACAAAGAGAAAGACCUAGCUAAAAUAUUCGGAAUCAUAUUGGCUUGCAACACGUUAAUCUUCACUUUACUCGACAUAAUCCAAAACCUAAUCGAAGAAGAAGUGAGAAUAGGAAGAUGCGGACGAGUGUUUUGGCUUUACACAAAAGAUGGUAGCCUCUAUUGGCAUACACUAAACGCAUACCAACUCAUGCUAUGCAUCAUCCCGCUUUUCGCCUCGGGGCUCGAACUCGUCCCACAAGAAGCUUAUCGUGUUCUUGCCCCUAAUCAAGAAACACAAGAUCCUAGCACAAUACAUACACAAAACCAGAUUCCUCAAGAAGAUGUUGGGCUACAUCAAGAUUCACAAGAUUGCAUUGCACCUCAUCAAGUUCAAUUAGAUGGUAUUGAGCUAGCACAAGGAACAAUUGUUCUUGUUCAUGCUGAGCCUCUUCAAGACAUAGUAGAGGAUGGUAUCGAGCUAGAGGAAGAAGUUGUUGUUCAAGUUGGGCCUAAUGAAAAAGGCCCAUAA